AUUUCUUUUAAAAAUUUAAUAAAAAAUGUAAGCUGAUUAACCUCUUCAUACUCCAGCAAAAAAGAACUGUACAUUUAAAGUUGAUGGUAGAUAAGAUGGAGAAGGGUAUUAUAUAAUAAUUGAUAAUAGAUAUUUAAAUAAGAAUGAUUCAAAAUUUGGUGUGAUCGUCAUAUAAGAAUGGUGGGGAUUAAAUGAAUCAAUGGUUAAAACAACAGAUAGAAUUGCUUAAAAAGGUUUUUAAUGCAUCUCACCAGAUAUUUAUAGAGGAAAAGUUGCAUAAAAUAGAGAAGUAUCAUUUCUUUUCUAGAAUAAUUUAAGGAAGCUGGACAUUUACUUGGUGGUUUAGAUUGGGAAGGGGCAGUCAAAGAUAUUGAAGGAGCAGCAAAACAUCUUAAAGAAUUAGGAUGUACUAAAGUUGGUGUUACAGGUUUCUGUAUGGGAGGUGCACUUGCUAUUGCUUCUAUAUCAUUUUCUAAUUAAAUUGAUGCAUCAGCUCCUUUCUAUGGAGUAUGUGAUUUAAAUACUUUCAAAUUAGAAAAUAUUCAUGGACCUAUUUAUGGACAUUUUGGAGAAAAGGAUGAAAUGAAAGGAUUUUCAUCACCAGAUGAUGCUUAAAGAUUAGUUGAUGCUGGAACAAAAGCUGGCAAAGAUGUCACUGUUAAGUAUUAUAUUUGUUAAUAAAUUAGAGUAUGGCCAGGUGUUGGACAUGCUUUCAUGAAUCAAGAUAGACCAGAAGCAUAUAAUCCUGAAAUAUCAUAACAGGCUUUAGAUGAAGUAACCAAUUGGUUUAGAAAGAUAUUCACAUCAUGAUAUAUUUAUUAUUAAAAAAAAAAG